AUGCCUGCACUCAACAAGGGGACUUCUACCUACCACUCCGUCCACGGACUCUACUGGAGGAACGCUUCCGGUGAGCUCUUGGCCGUUGAGGGGAGCAAUUCACAAACACUCCCUCAACUCUGGACAUCGCUACGAGCUGAGAUUCUCGACCAAAGCAACUCCUGGUCUCGACAACGUCUGCCUUCCGGCAAAGAGAUCAGCACCCUUCACAUCAAGGCCCAAAUUCCAGAGCUCACUCACAUCCGCGCAAACUUCCCUCCCAAUCAUCAGGAUGAGGAGUUGGUCACUAAGGUUGCUGAAGUGCAGCACGCUGAUGGACUCAUCCUCGGCAUGCUCACCUCCCGGCCUAAGUCGCUUGCUGCGGACAAGUUUGGUCUGUGGGCGGAAAACUUUGUCCUUCUCGAGACCCAGUUCCGACCCUUUGCGCAGCUGACGGAUGCUGCCAACCACGAACAUCGUGCGAUUGUUGAGAAGGUUGCCACUAUUUUCGAGACGAAGCUCAAGAAUGCGUCUAGAGAUGAUCAGUGGAACGUCACUGGCCGGAAUGCAUUCAUGAACAGAGUCUAUGGGUUCGUCGAGAGGAACAUACCAAUUCUUCUUGCGCUGCCCGCUUUCCCUUGCAAGUCUCCCAAUUCAAACAAGGUUGGUGGAACAAUGCCAGAUCUCGCGGAACAUAUCGCUCUCGAUGUUCUUCGCGAUUUCGUCAAGGAAGUGAACAAAAUCUACGCACCCGGUGCUACCAUGUGGGUCAUCAGCGAUGGACAUGUCUUUUCGGAUUGCAUCGGAGUUGAUGAUGGCAAGGUCGACACUUACGAUGCCCAACUCAUCGAGGUCUACAAGAAGAAGUUUCCGGUUGAAGAGGGCCCAGUACCAGCCAUUCAGUUCAAGGGCCUCAAAGACAUCUUCAUGUCGAACCCAGACAGCUUCGCCUCUUUCUCAGAGUCCAUGGUGGCAGAAGUCAAUGUCCCUCACCCGGUCAAAACUGAGCUGACAGCCCCAUCCGAGCUCUGCAGAAAGCUCUUACUGAGUGUUUCCGAGGCAGAUCGUGGAUUCAUUCGCCAAUGCAUCGAAGAACAAGAGCCACACGCGCUGCAACUCUACCGCGGUCAGACUCGCUUCAUGCUCGAGGAUCUGGCUAUGGUUCCCUCUGUCAUCAACCUGAGCAACAAGCAAAAGAAGAAGACCGCAGCCUUGGUCGCACAGGAGAUGAUCUCCCGCAACCAGGCAUACUCGAACUUGGUGGAGCUUCUCCUUCCCAACUACGUGCGCCUCUCCAUCCAUGCACACAACAACAAGGGACCCAAAUUUGCUGUUCGCCUUCUCCCAAAGAGUCUAGUCCGCCCCAUCGAGUCACUCUUGAAUCGCCACGAACCCGUCCCAGCCUACGAGUUCCAAAUCCCUACCCCAUGGCACAACUCGAUCAUCAAAGUUGAGGGUGACGACCUUAUGUACCUUGCCCGCGCCGACGUCGCCAGGGUCGCCAUUAAGACGGGCACCGACUUCGAAGGUUCGUGGGUUGAUGGCCCGAACGGCGCAUACUUCCACCUCACUCGCAAGCCUGGAAUAACCAAGGCGAUCUCUCCGCUCGUCACAUCCGAGAAAGCGCUCCUGCAGAAACGACGACCAACCAUCUCUCUCCUCUCGCCUAUCGAGAAGCCCGUCCUGCACAAGCGUUCUACAAUCAUCAUCAGAUCGCCGCUCCAAGAGAAGUCUCUGCUGGCUCUCGAGCCUUCGCUCAACCAACAUGCACUCAAGUUUUUCCUUCCUUUCUCGUCCUUCCUCACGUUCACAUCUUUUUUCCAGACGCUGUGGCGCAAUGUCGCCGAGGGUGUUUAUUGAGCCUAACUACCACCCUCCUUUUUCAGUGUCUAAGAC